GUGAUGUGAAAGAUGGCGGGCUCAGGUCUGUCUGGCGGAGGCGGUGUGGUCAUGUCUGCCCAAACUGUGCCCAUGGACACGUCCCAGCCCGGGCCCGUGGCACAGCUAGAGAACCAAGUCACCAGGAUCCUGGAAGACGCGUUGGUCACAGAUGCUAUUGAAGAAGUCUUUGCAGGGUUCAUCGUCCACUCUGAAGAGGCGGAACAGAGGAAGAUGCUGAGUGCACUGGACGAGUUCAAGCGGUUCUUCCAGGGCCUGUCCCAGGACAACCAGAUCCUGGUUCUGCAGCACUAUGUCAAGUUCCUGCACAUGCAGAAGAGCUCCAGAAGGGGGCGCUUCUUGUUCGACAUGCUGUACAUCGCCAUAGAGAACCAGAUUCUGCCACCCAGACUGGUAUGUGAGUGUCUCCUCCUGAGCGAUGAGCUCCACUACCUGUCAGCCGACAAGUGGAACCAGUCCUUCUCUCUCAUUCACAGGGUCAUCGACAGGGUUGACUACAAGGGUUGUAGAGACCUGUUUAAGAUCGCCCUGGAGAAAGUACAGAUCAUCCCGACCACAGUCACGGCCUCAUCGCUACGGCAACUGGAGAUGGUUACCAAGCUGAUGACGUCCCUGUUGAACAGAGACAACUGCCUCAUGCCUGCUUACUUUGCUGUUAACGAGAUCAGGAAGCUGUACUCAGAGGAAAAGUCUCUUCCACAUUGGUCCCUAGGCAACUUGCUGUCAGAGUUUGUGGACACGUUUAGAACAACUGCACACAUGGUCUCCAUCUCAGGCCGUCCGCAGCUGCUGCCAGUAGUGGGCCACUCAGGAGCCACAGGAAAUGCCUGGAAACUGGACCCUGCUACACUCAGGUUUCCACUUAAGGGGCUCCUGCCUUAUGAUAAGGAGCUGUUUGAGCCCCAGACCGGCCUGCUGAGGUACGUGUUAGAACAGCCCUACUCCAGGGACAUGGUGUGUAACAUGCUGGGGCUCAACAAACAGCACAAGCAGAGGUGUGAGGUGUUGGAGGAACAACUCGUGGACCUGAUCGUCAUCGCCAUGGAGAGGUCGGAACACGCCGACACCGCCCUCGACGACGGAGGCGCCAGCCAGUUGCUAUGGCAACACCUGUCCAGCCAGCUCAUCUUCUUCGUGCUGUUCCAGUUCGCCAGCUUCCCCCACAUGGUGCUAUCCCUGCAUGAGAAGUUGGUAGGCCGAAGCCUGAGGAAGGGCAGGGACCAUCUGAUGUGGGUCUUACUGCAGUUCAUAUCAGGCAGUAUUCAGAAGAACCCACUGAGUGACUUCCUCCCUGUGAUGAAGCUAUUCGACCUGCUCUACCCUGAGAAGGAAAGUAUCCAGGUUCCUGACAUCAACAAACCCCAGUCGACGCAUGCCUUUGCCAUGACGUGCAUCUGGAUCCACCUCAACAAGAAAGCACAGAACGAGGACUCCAAACUACAGAGGCCCAUCCCACAGGCACUGAAGUCUCAACUGGAGUUCCUACAGCAGAGUCUGAGAGGAGGAGCCAAGAAUCUUCCCAUGUCAGACUAUAGAAUAGCAGUCCUGUGCAAUGCCUAUAGCACCAACACUGAGUUCUUUGGGCUCCCCAUGGGGGUUUUAGUGGAGACUAUCUAUGGCUCAGGGAAGACGACAACCCCCCUGCCCGGCCCCGGGAAUGUGGUCGCCUCCGGACCAACCGCACCAUUACCCAUGAACCUCCUGGAUUCUCUCACGGUCCAUGCCAAGAUGAGCCUGAUCCACAGUAUCGUGACCCGAGUGAUCAAACUGGCCCAGACCAAGUCCAGCCUGGCUCUGGCCCCUGCCCUGGUGGAGACCUACAGCAGGCUGCUGGUCUACAUGGAGAUAGAGUCACUGGGCAUCAAGGGAUUCAUCAGCCAGUUGUUACCGAACGUGUUUAAGAGCCAUGCGUGGGGCAUCCUGCACACGUUACUGGAGAUGUUCAGCUACAGGCUGCACCACAUCCAGCCUCACUACCGGGUACAGCUGCUGUCUCACCUCCACUCACUGGCAGCCGUGCCGCAGACCAACCAGAACCAGCUACAUCUAUGUGUGGAGAGCACUGCCCUGAGGCUCAUCACUGGUUUGGGGAGUGCCGAGGUCCAACCUCAGCUAUCCAGGUUCCUGAACGACCCCAAACAGAUCCUCUCGGUUGAAUCCGAGGAGCUGAAUCGAGCAUUAGUGUUAACCUUAGCGAGAGCCAUGCAUGUGACAGGUUCAGAGACCCUGUCAGGCAACUGGUGUAAGGACAUCCUGACCACCCUGAUGACCAACACCCCUCACAACUGGGCCACUCACACCCUCACCUGUUUCCCUCCAGCACUGCAGCAGUUCUUCAAGCAGCAUCCGGUCCAGGUGGAAAACCGUCUGAACCUGAAGAAGAAUGUUGAGGACGAGUUUCGCAAGUGGAAGUCGAUGACGAACGAGAAUGACACGAUCCAACACUUCACUAUCCAAGGAGCUCCUCCGCUCUUUCUCUGUCUGCUCUGGAAAAUGCUGCUAGAGUCGGACAGAAUCAGUCCUGUGGCCGUCAGAAUUAUGGAGAGAAUCGGAGCUCGCUCGCUGACAUCCCACAUCAGAACCUUCGCAGAUUUCCUGGUGUACGAAUUCUCCACAUCAGUAGGCGGCCAGCACGUCAACAGGUGCAUUGAGAUCCUGAAUGACAUGAUCUGGAAAUACAACAUCGUGACGUUAGACAGGCUCAUCCUAGCCUUGGCGUUUCCUUCGUUUCAGGCCAUGAGGAGCCACGAGGGAAACGAGGCGCAGGUCUGCUUCUUCAUCAUCCAGCUGCUGCUGCUCAAGCCGUCCGAGUUCCGCAAUCGGGUCAACGACUUCGUGAAGGAGAACUCGCCGGAGCACUGGCUGCAGACGGACUGGCACAGCAGGCACAUGAACUUCCACAGGAAACACCCAGAGAAGUUUUAUUUUGAAGGCCUGCAGGAGUUGGCCUCAGGGUCACAGACAUCAGUACAAGCCUACCUACCCAUCUACUUUGGAAACGUCUGUUUAAGAUUCCUUCCUGUGUUUGACAUCGUGAUCCACCGGUUCCUGGAGCUGCCGCCUGUCUCCAAGUCGCUGGAGACGUUACUGGACCACCUGGGAGGUCUGUACAAGUUCCACGACCGCCCAGUCACCUACCUGUACAACACCCUUCACUACUACGAGAAACGUCUACGUGACAGGCCCGCGCUCAAGAGGAAACUCGUCGCCGCUGUUAUCGGGGCCUUGAAGGACAUAAGACAGCCCGGGUGGUGCCUGAGUGAAAGUUACCUGAAGUUUAUAGGCCGUCCUGUGGAGGAGAUUUCCUGGGUGCCUGAUGACACCUACUAUUGCAAGCUGAUUGGUCGACUAGUGGACACCAUCUCUGGGAAGAACCCUCCCCCGUUCCCCAACUGUGACUGGAGGUUUAACGAGUUUCCAAAUCCCGCGGCGCACGCCCUGCACGUCACGUGUGUGGAACUCAUGGCUCUGCCUGUGGUGGGCAACACGGUCGGGAACUCACUUCUAAAUGUUGUACUAAAGAGUCAACCUCUGGUUCCCCGAGAAAACAUCAUGUCAUGGAUGAACGCCAUCGGCCUGGUGCUUACCUCUCUGCCUGAGCCAUAUUGGAUGGUGCUGCAUGAACGUAUCAUCGCGACCGUGAAGUCCGACAUCCUGGUCCUACCGGAGAACCUGGGCACCGACCCGUUCACGGCGUUCGACUUCUGCGGGAGCCAGGGCUCAUACAACGAGGUCCAGUGCAGCUAUGUCCUGGCCCUGACGCACGCCGUGUGGCACCACUCCAGCAUAGGGCAGCUCACCGUGCUGCCACAGUUCCUGAAGGACCAGCUGAAGCCCCUGAUCCAGUCGGAGGAACAGUUCCUCUUCAUCUGCCACCUGGUGGGGCCCUUCCUGCAGAGGUUCCACCAGGAGCGCACCAGGUGUCUGCUGGAGAUCACAGUGGAGCUGUAUGAGAUGUUACACAACGUGGAUAAACACUGUGAGAAGUUACACUGCAUCCACACCAUCGCAGACUUCCUCUAUCACGUGAAGUACAUGUUCACAGGCGACGGCGUGAAGAACGAGGUGGAGCGAAUCAUCCGGACGUUUCGCCCGGAGCUGCAGAAGGGCCUGCGCUACAUCACCUCCCACAUCAGUAAACCCAACGAGGCAUCAACCUCAGCAGCCUCCUGAUAUAUGUAUAAAAUGUGUAUGGCCUCUUUUGGUUAAUAUUGUCCAUGUAAUGUCCUAAAUGUGGCCCAGACGUUUCACCCGGAGCUGCAGAAGGUCCCACGUUACAUCACACACAUCAGCAAACCCAAUGAGGCCUCAACCUCAGCUGUUU